AUGCGGCCCCGCAGUGGAAUCAGCCCGAGUUUUGUGUCCGAGCAACGGAUUCGACAGCUGGAACAGAAGUUGCGGGCUAAAGAAGAAAGAAUCAUAGUGCUAGAAACAGAAAAUGCCCUUCUGCAUCUCAAGCUUGCAGAGAGUCAAAGCAUGAUGGGGAAAAGCUCAACUAAAGAAUUGCCCAAAAGUGAUGUACUAAACUGUAAAUUGCGCUGCUUGCAUGGAAGUACCAGGUCAACUAUAAUCCAGCUUUAUGGUGCAAUACAGAGACUGAAGCAAGACAUGAAGAAUCUCUGCUUAUCUGCUCUUGCAUAUUCGAAAGACUUACAGCAUCAAAGCAAGAACUCUUUCUACCAGAUUUUGGCAGCUCUCCAAAGACUACAGCUUCAUAAUGAGACUAUGGAAACAUUUCAGAUCAAAGCUCUAGAACUUGAGCAUUCCUUGCUUGAUGUAAGUGAGAGAUACCAGAAAGAAAAACAAAAGAGAAAAAGGCUUCACAACAGUUUAAUUGAACUAAGGGGCAAUAUCAGAGUGCACUGCAGGAUCCGACCACUAUUGCCAUUUGAUACUGCUCCUGGAGAGCUGAUGUUAGAAGACAGAGUUUAUAGUGCUGCUGAAACUCAAGAGACAGUGUUUGCAGAUGUAUCACCUUUGCUAACCUCACUGUUAGAUGGGUACAAUGUGUGCAUUAUGGCUUAUGGACGGACUGGGAGUGGAAAAACAUACACAAUGUUAGGACCACAACCUGAAGAUACUUUUGCUUUUUCCCUGGAAGAUGAACCAGAAUUAGGAAUUAUUCCUAGAGCUGCUGAAGAAGUGUUCAGGCUUAUUUCAGAGAAGCCACCGGGAAGUCAUUGGAUUGAGGUUUCUGUUGUAGAAGUACCUGUAGAAGAUGCAGUGGAGUUCUUGGAGUUGGUUCAAAAGGGCCUACAGUUAAGAGUCAAACAUCCAACACUUGUACAUGCUCAUUCAUCCCGUUCUCAUCUUGUGGUAACUUUGACUAUCACUACAAAGGCUGACUUGGAGGAUGGGUUUGGUGAUUGUUCUAGUCAGAAGCUGAAUAAAGAACAUUUCUUCAACUGUCCGUACUCUGUGAACGAUGAUAAGCCCACCUGUCCUUCCAGAUCUUCUUCACCAGCCCAAUUUCUCAGUGAAUCUACAGAGACACAUAAGCGAAUGAGAACAAAACUUCAGCUGGUAGAUUUGGCUGGCAGUGAAUGUGUUGGUAUAUCUGGUGUGACUGGAGCAGUACUCAGGGAAACCUCCUUCAUUAAUCGCAGCUUGUCUGCUCUGGCAGAUGUACUUGGAGCAAUAGCAGAACAUCGCUCUCAUAUUCCCUAUCGAAACAGCAAACUUACACAUUUACUCCAGGACUCCAUUGGUGGUGAUGCGAAAUUACUGCUGGUGUUGUGUGUCUCCCCCAGCCAAAAGUACAUAACAGAGUCCCUGCAGACCUUGGGAUUUGGAACGCGAGCAAGGCAAGUUCAGCGAGGGCAAGCCAAGAAGAGGAACCAACCAGGGCCCAGCAAAUCCAAAUAAAAAGCAAGACUCUUGUGGGUUACAGUAUUAUUAAUGAGUUCCUCAGACUGAAAUCUCUCUUGUUUUUGUAAAGAUGUAAACUGCCAGUUCAAAUAAACACUGUUCAGUGUGGUAUUA